UCUCUCUCCUCUGAUUCCACUCUUCAUUCGAUCAUCUUCCUUUUUUUCUUCGCAACUCUUUAUUCGAAUCGUGUUACUAUGACGAUCUUUAGACGGUUAGCUUUAGGAUUUAUGAUGAUUCUACCCAUCAUUUUCGCAUUAUGCUACACGAAAUCUAUAGAUCUUACUUUUCUCAACGUUUUGCUAUUAUUGAGCUCAUCUAUGGCGUUGUCUGGGAUUUUCGGCAGUUUGUUGCAUUAUAUGCUUCCUAGCAAGAGACCUGUUGACGGAGAACUUGUAGAAGGCGAUUCAGGUGAUCGUGAUCAUCAAUUGGUUAAGAAACCUCGAUUCGAAUCAUUCGAUUCGUCAUCGGAGAUCGCGUCUGAUAAAAGUGACCUUACUAAAUCAGCAGCGGCAAACGAAGGGAACAACAAUACAGGAGGUGACAUCGGAAUUGACGGAAUCAUGGGGAAUUCCAACAGCAGCGUGGUUACUAGGUCAUCGGAUGAAAAUCCUUCUGAAAUCGAUGAAGAUCUUCAUAGUCGUCAGCUUGCUGUUUAUGGUCGCGAGACUAUGAGACGGCUUUUUGCUUCUAAUGUUCUUGUAUCUGGGAUGCAAGGUCUUGGUGCUGAAAUAGCUAAGAAUCUUGUACUGGCUGGUGUUAAGUCUGUGACAUUGCAUGAUGAAAGGACUGUAGAACUGUGGGAUCUAUCUAGCAGUUUUGUUUUUUCGGAGAAUGAUGUGGGCAAGAAUCGGGCACUUGCUUCGGUUCAGAAGUUGCAAGAGCUGAACAAUGCUGUGGUCAUUUCUACCUUAACCGAAAAUUUGACCAAAGAACAACUUUCUGACUUCCAGGUUGUGGUUUUUACUGACAUCAGCCUGGAAAAGGCAAUUGAGUUUGAUGAUUUCUGUCACAGUCAUCAACCGCCUAUUUCAUUUAUAAAGACUGAAGUUCGUGGGCUUUUUGGGAAUGUAUUCUGUGAUUUUGGACCAGGAUUUACAGUUUGGGAUGUUGAUGGUGAAGAACCGCAUACAGGUAUAGUUGCAUCGAUCAGCAACGAUAGUCCAGCACUUGUAUCAUGUGUAGAUGAUGAAAGACUUGAGUUUCAAGAUGGAGAUCUUGUUGUAUUCUCUGAGGUUAAGGGGAUGACAGAGCUUAAUGAUGGGAAGGCGAGAAAAGUUGUAAAUUCUAGGCCAUACUCGUUCUUUCUUGAGGAGGACACAACAAAUUUUGGAGCAUAUGAAAAGGGUGGUAUCGUCGCACAGGUAAAGCAGCCGAAGGUUCUCAACUUUAAGCCAUUAAAAGAAGCAAUCAGAGACCCUGGGGAGUUUCUUCUGAGCGAUUUCUCCAAGUUUGACAGACCACCUCUUUUGCAUUUGGCAUUCCAAGGACUGGACAGAUUUUUAACUGAACAGGGACGAUUUCCAGUUGCUGGCUCGGAGGAGGAUGCACAGAAACUGAUCUCGAUUGUCUCGGAAAUCAAUGAAGGUUCAGGAGAUGGGAAGUUGGAAGAUAUUGAUCCCAAGCUGUUGCGUCACUUCUCCUUUGGUGCACGUGCAGUUCUAAAUCCAAUGGCUGCCAUGUUUGGUGGUAUUGUUGGCCAAGAGGUUGUAAAGGCUUGUUCCGGAAAAUUCCACCCGCUCUUCCAGUUUCUAUACUUUGAUUCCAUUGAAUCACUUCCCACCGAGCCUGUUGAUCCCGAUGAUUUUAGACCAUUGAACAACCGCUACGAUGCACAAGUUUCAGUCUUUGGCUCUAAACUCCAGAAGAAAUUGGAGGAGGCUCAAUUGUUUGUUGUAGGAUCAGGUGCAUUGGGCUGCGAGUUUUUGAAGAAUUUAGCUCUUAUGGGAGUUUCAUGCGGCAGUCAGGGGAAGUUAACAAUAACCGACGAUGACAUCAUCGAGAAGAGUAACCUCAGCCGACAGUUUCUGUUCCGUGAUUGGAAUAUCGGGCAGGCUAAAUCCACUGUUGCAGCUUCUGCAGCCUUGACAAUAAAUCCCACUCUUCGGGUUGAAGCGCUGCAGAAUCGCGUUGGAUCUCAAACAGAGAAUGUUUUCGAUGAAACUUUCUGGGAGAAUCUGACGGUUGUGGUUAAUGCAUUGGACAAUGUCAACGCUAGGCUUUACGUUGACCAAAGAUGCUUGUAUUUUCAAAAACCUCUUCUUGAAUCCGGCACUUUAGGAGCUAAAUGCAACACGCAAAUGGUCAUUCCUCACUUGACUGAGAACUAUGGCGCAUCUAGAGAUCCUCCGGAGAAGCAAGCGCCCAUGUGUACGGUUCAUUCGUUCCCUCAUAACAUCGAUCAUUGUUUGACGUGGGCCCGAUCUGAAUUCGAAGGAUUGCUCGAGAAAACCCCUGCAGAAGUUAACGCUUAUCUUUCAAAUCCAAGCGAGUAUAUAUCUGGUAUGAAGAAUGCUGCUGAUGCUCAGGCUAGAGAUAAUCUGGAACAUGUUCUCGAGUGUUUAACUGGAGAAAAAUGCGACACCUUUCACGACUGCAUCGUCUGGGCCCGUUUAAGGUUUGAAGACUAUUUCACUAACAGGGUAAAGCAGUUGAUUUAUACUUUUCCUGAAGACGCUCCAACCAGCACUGGCGCUCCAUUUUGGUCAGCCCCUAAGCGUUUUCCCACUCCACUGCAAUUCUCAGCUGGAGAUCCCAGCCAUGUUCAAUUUAUAAAAGCAGCUUCUAUUCUCCGAGCAGAAACAUUUGGGAUUCCGAUUCCUGAUUGGGUUAAGAACACUGCCAAGUUAACUGAAGAAAUUGAUAGGGUCACUGUCCCUGAUUUCCAGCCAAGAAGUGGGGUGAAAAUAGUGACCGAUGAGAAGGAAACCAAUCUUUCUAGCGCAUCCAUUGACGACGACUUGGUUAUAAAUGAAUUAUCCAUGAAAUUAGAGAAAUGCCGGAGCUAUCUUCCUGCUUCUUUCAGAAUGAAGCCAGUGCAGUUUGAAAAGGACGACGAUACGAACUACCACAUGGACAUGAUUGCGGGUUUAGCAAACAUGAGGGCAAGAAAUUACAGCAUUCCUGAAGUUGACAAAUUGAAAGCCAAGUUCAUAGCUGGUAGAAUCAUACCAGCAAUAGCCACUUCCACCGCCAUGGCCACAGGCUUCGUUUGUUUAGAACUAUACAAAGUACUAGACGGUUCGCACAAGAUGGAGGACUAUCGGAACACUUUUGCCAACUUGGCACUCCCUCUAUUCUCCAUAGCCGAGCCAGUCCCACCCAAGGUGAUUAAACACCGCGAGAUGAGUUGGACCGUUUGGGACAGGUGGAUCGUUAGGGAGAACCCUAGUUUAAGACAACUUCUGGAUUGGCUUUCGGAAAAGGGUUUGAACGCUUACAGCAUUUCGUAUGGGAGUAGCUUAUUGUACAACAGCAUGUUUCCUAAGCAUCGAGAGAGGAUGGAUAAGAAGGUGGUUGACUUGGCGAGGGAACUUGCCAAGGUGGAGUUUCCCUCGAAUUGUUGCCACUUGGAUAUCGUGGUUGCUUGUGAGGAUGACGAUGAUAAUGACAUUGAUAUCCCUCAGAUAUCAGUCUAUUUUCGUUAGGUUCCUCUCAAAAUCUUGUGUAAUUUAUUAAAUUUAAUAUCGCGGUUGGUUGCGAUUAUAUAAAGAGGUUUAGAUCAAGGAGGGGAGGGAUGUUACGUUACUUUGAGAUAGUGGUUAAACUUUCCUAAACUCCUAAACGAUAUCUUCCGAUUCAACAUUAACAAACAUCAACAUUCUCGAUGAGCAUGUUAAGUUUAUUAGAGGUUGUUAUUGUUAUAAUAAAGGUAAAACUGUUGUGCUUUUUUACAA